UAGCACCUUGAAGGUACCGUUUCGUUAGAGUCAUCGCAUCUACUCCGAUUUGCAAUCAAGUUGGAGCAACCAGUCUAGAUGACGAUGUCCUUGAAGAGCCUAUUCUACUGUCUGCCGCUUCUCGUCGUCCAUUUCUCGCUCUCAGCCAGCACCGCCGCCGCCGGAAAGGUGUCAGCGAUCAUCGUGUUCGGGGACUCGACGGUCGACGCAGGCAACAACAACUUCAUCCCCACCGUCGCCAAGGCCAACUUUCCACCAUAUGGGCGCGACUUCGACGGGGGCGUCGCCACCGGCAGGUUCUCCAAUGGCCGCCUCGUCACGGACUUCCUUUCGGAGGCGUUCGGGUUGCCGCCGUCUGUACCGGCCUACCUGGACCCCAGCUGCACGAUCGAGCAGCUCUCCACGGGUGUGAGCUUUGCCUCCGCGGGCACUGGGCUUGAUGAUUUAACAGCAAAAAUCCCAUCAGUUAUACCCUUGAGCCAACAGCUGGAGUACUUCGUGGAGUACAAGGAGAGACUGAAACUCGCAAAAGGGGAGUCCGUGGCCAACAAGAUCAUCGCGGAGGCUCUGUACAUCUUCAGCAUCGGCACCAACGACUUCAUCGAGAACUACCUUGCCCUUCCCCUCCGGCCCGCCCAGUACACCCCGCCGGAGUAUGUCGCCUACCUAAUUGCCCUAGCGGACGCGGCUGUUCGUGCCGUCUACGACCUCGGCGCGCGGAAGAUGGAGUUCACGGGACUCGCGCCGUUCGGGUGCCUACCUUCGGCGAGGACGCUGAACCACGACGAGCCCGGCGAGUGCAAUGAGGAGUACAACAAGCUGGCGAGGAGGUUCAACGCCGAGCUGCAGGAGGCCCUGAGGAAGCUCAACGGUGAGCUCGCCGGCGCGCAGGUGGUCUACGCAGAGACGUACAGCUUGGCGUCUGCCAUCAUUGCCAGCCCGUCCGAUUACGGAUUCGAGAACGCCGUGCAAGGUUGUUGUGGUACAGGACUCAUCGAAACAUCAGUCCUUUGCGGCGUGGAUGAACCGUUGACGUGUCAAGACGCGGACAAGUAUAUGUUCUUCGAUUCAGUUCAUCCGUCCGAGCGGACGUACCGGAUAGUUGCUGACAAUCUUCUGAACAACGCAUUGCAAGUGUUCCUGUGACAUCUCUAGUUUGUACCCGCGCAGUUUUUAAUAACAAAAAUAUUAAACGGACCGAAUUAAUUAAUGUUAAUUAGAACCCCUUGCUAGCAGGACGUGCUGGCUGUACUAGAGAUGAGAAGCACAGGUUUACCCGGCCCUAUAGUGGCCCAAUUAAGGGUGUUACAUGUGCAUGCCCUAUUUAUGUGAAAUUAGGUUGGCGCUCACCUGUCCUUGCACCACCCUAGGUCACUGACUGGCAGGAGUGAAAAUGCAAAUAUCAGCAGGACUGUCUUUAUUCA